AGAAGGUUUACAGAUCAAGACCCAGAACAGAAUCAGAACCAAAGACUAAAGCCAGACCGAGAGACCAGAACCAGACCAAGAGUCCAGAACCAGACCGAGAGUCCAGAACCAGACCGAGAGUCCAGAACCACAGAACAGGAUCAUGUCUCUGGACGGCGGGUUCCUCACAGACGACGAGUUCCUCUGCUCCAUCUGCCUGGACCUGUUCACGAACCCGGCCUCCACGCCGUGCGGACACAGCUUCUGUCUGAGCUGCAUCAGCAAGUACUGGGAGGGAGCCAAGGUUUGCCAGUGCCCUUUGUGCAAGAAGACGUACUACAAGAAACCAGACCUGCAGAUAAACCGGACGCUGAGAGAGAUCACGGAGCACUUCAAGUCCAUGAAAGAAGAUCGGAUCGACGGGCCGAGGGAGACGACGCAAAAACGAGGAAAAUCUCACCCCCGAAACAACCUGCUCAACCACAUCCAGAAGAAACUGUCCAAGCCCUUCCACCACCAACCGCGCAAUGAGAGAAUGGCCAUUUCCCUCCCAGAGACGGAGAACCUGCUGAUCCCCCACGAGCAGCGCCGCGGCUCCUCCUCCUCCUCCUCCACCCGCUCCUCCUCCUCGCACCGCGGCUCCUCCCCCUCCUCUCGACGAGGCUCCUCCCCCCUCUCCAAUGGCUCCUCCCCCCCUGAGCCCGGCUCCUCCCCCCUCCCCUGGUCCCCGGCGAGCGACUCUCCUCCCCCCCGCCCCCCUCCCCGCUUCAAACACGCCCCCAGACGCUUCACCCUGAGCGGAGCCGAAGAAGUCCACAACCUGCCCCUGUGCCCCGCCCACGGCCGCGCCAUCAUGUUGUAUUGUCAGACGGAUCAGAUGUGCAUUUGUCCUGAGUGUGAGGAAGAGGAUCAUCCAGACCACGACGUCAUCAGCAUCGAGACUCAAUGGAAGGAGACCAAAGUGUAUUUGAGUUCUUUGGAGAAAGAGGUUGACGACAUGAUCAAGGAGCGCGUCACAAAACUGUCUGAGAUCAGAGAAUCUAUGUCCCAACUGGAGGUCUCCGUCCAGCGUCAAACGGCCGGGAGCUUGUCUUUCUUCUCGGCUCUGGUCUCGUCCGUGGAGCGCGCUCAGUCCGACCUCCUGGAGACUCUGGAGACGAAGCGCCGCGCCGCAGAACUCCAGGCCGAAACCUCCACGCGCCAGAUCCAGCUGGAACUGGACCAGCUCCGGACCAGACACACCCAGAUCCGGGACCUGAGCCGGACCGAGGACCACAUCGAAGGACUCAAGACGCUUCCCUCUCUGUGGGCCCCUCCCCUGGCCUCUGAUUGGACCCGGCCGUGCGUGACCGUCGACCUGGGGGCGGAGGCCGUCUACAGGUCCCUGUCGCUUCAGCUGCAGAAGUUUCAGGACGAACUUCAGACGGUCGCAGAGACAGGUUUUCCGGACUCGGUCCUGGAGUCGAGUCUGAUCCAAACUCAGCCCAGAGACAGAGGAGUGCAGGAGUACGCAGUGGACGUCACUCUGGACGUGAGCACGGCACAUCCUCGCCUCGUUCUGUCUGAAGACUUAAAGAGCGUGAGGUACGGAGAUCGUCCUCAGAUGUUGCCUGAUAAUCCCGAGAGGUUUGACCGAGUCGUGUGUGUUUUGGGACAACAGGAAAUCUCGUCCGGGCGACAUUACUGGGAGGUGGAGGUCGGGGGUAAGACGGACUGGGAUCUGGGCGUGGCCAAACGGACCAUAAACAGAAAAGGCAAACUGGAGGUGACGCCCGCCAACGGAUACUGGUUCCUGAGCCUCCGAGACCAAAAGAGCUGCACGUUCCGAACCCAGCCCUCCACGGACGUAAACCUGCCGCUUCAUCCAAACAAAAUCGGCAUCUUUGUGGACUACGAAAACGGACAGGUUUCCUUUUACAACGUCGACGCCAAGACCCUCAUCUACACGUUUAACGACUGGUUCGGCGACAGUAUUUUCCCGUUUUUCAGCCCGUGCACGAGUAAAAACGGGAAAAACGAAGCCCCGCUCGUCAUCACCCCGGUCAACGUGUCCGAUUACUGAAGUCUGGAUCGUUCUGCGACGUUUACCCAAAACUUUUACUGCGGUUUUAACGACAUGUUUGUAGAUAUUUAUAUAUAUAACCGUAACUAGAAGUGCUCCAGUCAAACGAAGCUCAACGACGCCUGCAGUUAUAAGGGAUUUAAUUUAUAAGAUUUACAAGUUUCUAUCUUCAGGGAGACCGAACCAGGACUAAACCAGAACUAAAUUGGGACUAAACCAGGACUACACCAGGAUUAAACCAGGACUAAACCAGAACUAACCCAGGACUAAACCAGGACUAAACCAGAACUAAACCAGGACUAAACCAGAACUAAACCAGGACUAACACAGGACUAAACCAGAAUUAAACCAGGACUAAACCAGAACUAAACCAGGACUAAACCUGGACUAAAUUGGGACUAAACCAGGACUACACCAGGAUUAAACCAGGACUAAACCAGAACUAAACCAGGACUAAACCAGAACUAAACCAG